UGCUGUGAAUCACCCUGUCCGUGAUCCUCUGCAACAUCUGAAGUUGAAGUUCGCUCGGAAGUGUAAAGAAGCAUCCAAGUUGAAACGUACGCUGGACAAGAAGGACGAUGCAACGAGGGGAGCUGUACCAUGAGGCGAGCUACAGCGCAACGGCGCGCAUUGGAGACAUCCCGGUGGGAGUGAGAUCUGAGGAUUCGACCCUGCGGCGUCAAUUGCUUGAUCCUUCGGGCCAAGUCCUACCAGACCAUGCCUUGCUUGCAGAUGUGUUGCCCGCUGGAGCGCAGUUGCAAGUGCUGCUCCAGAAACGGCAGCUGGAACGCGUCAGCAGCUUCCCCUCCUCCGCCAGUCACCGGGCGCUGCAGAUUGCUCUGGCGGGGCAAAGGGGGGUGGGGAGAACUAGUUUGGUGUCGCGCUACUGCCGCGACGAAUUUAUCGAUACACGGCGAGUGAUGUUGUCGGUGAUCCAGGUGGACUUUCAAAUUCAGCGGGUGGUCACAGAUGACGGCGCCUGCCUAAGGCUCUUGCUGUGGGAUGAGCCAGAAACCCACAUCGCUAUGGCUCCACUUCGCUUCCGCCAAAAGCACGCUGCCAUUUUGAUCUUUGACAUCACCAACCGACGCUCCUUCGAGGACUUGCAGAGAUGGCUUACCGCUGCUAGGGACGCCAAUGUCCAGACGAUGGUGCUUAUGGGCAACAAAAGCGACCUAGAUCUCAACCGCCAGAUCUCACACGAAGAAGCUCAGAGCUUUGCAGAUGCUGAAGGGCUUCCGUACUUUGAGGUGUCCAUGAAGGAAGGAUCUCAAGGCAUCGAAGAGGCUGUGAACCACCUGGUCUUUGACGUCUUGGCCAAGCUGGCCGCAACGGAGAGCCCGCCGCCGCCACCAGGGACGCCGGCCUUAACAUCGGAAGCCGAAACAAACCCCAGCAGCUGUCACAUUUUGUGAGUUGAGCAUGACAGUUAAAGAUAGUUAAAGCCCUUUACCCGUGAUUUUUG